AUGCGUCUUGCCGCUCCGACCCAUAUUUCUCUCCCACCGCGCGUGAUGUCCUUGUCUGGAUGUCUCUCUGCAAAUGAUCUGGCAUCUUCCAGCGGGCCUUUUACGCCCAAUCCCCACACACCGCUACCGUACGAGGGGUCCGCGCUGGACUUCGAUACCGACCGGAUAAGAGACGCUAUUCAGCUGGACGAGGGGUCGAGCUCUGCCGGAAAGCGGAGUAGGGAAGAGGAGGCGCCUCAGGACACGGAAUGGACAGAAGAAGAGAUGGAGGUGAUACAGGCUACAGUUAGACAUCCUUUCCGACCCUUAUCGAGCGCGUUCCCGCCUGGCGAAUUACCGCCACCUAGGCUCAUUGACGAACUCACCAACCAAAUCCUCUCGCAUGGUCUGCGCGGGUCACCCAGCGGGAAGACAGUAGGGGACGGCUGGGUACACGGCUGGGACGCUACGCGGAAGAGGGUGUAUACUGCUGCGCUGGAUGCCAGCCGGGUGGCGCAUGGGAUCGAGAAGGAGAAGCCGUCCCGGGUUGAGCGGGCGAGUCGGCCGGGAUUGCGCAGGGUGGACAGCAUGGACUUUCUGGAUCAGGAGCGAGAGACCGAGUGUUCUAGUGUGGGCGCGGCGAUCAGAUUAUCCACGUCCCUGCAGAAUAGUGCAAAGGCGGCCGCACCGGCACCGGUCAUGGCUUCCGAACUGGCUACAUCGCCACUGAAUGAAGCAGGUCCGUCCGCCACCUCGUCUUCAUCAUCAUCUUCGUCAUCUCUACCGCUCGGCUUCCCCUCCGCCCCAGCGGCUGCUCCUCCACGCAAGAAGAGCACCCAGCGCGCCUCGCUCACUCGUGCUGCCCGACCCGCGUCCCUCCUACAGCGCGGAAAGAGCUACACGGCUAUCGAGCUCCUAGCUGAAGGCAGCAUCUCCCCACAAUCCCCUCAAUCCCCCGCUAUGCCCGUCCUCCCCCACGCUCCUGCCCCUCCACAACGGCCUGUCCGCAUCACCCGCUCCCAAUCCUCCAUCAUGGCCUCCAAGCCCGCGCCGCACGCUGCGCGCGACUCGUUCAUGCACCAGCCGCAGCCAAAGGCGCUCGAGCAGUCAUUCACAUUGGAUGUGCGCACGUCCAGCUCGCCCAGCUGGAGCGACUCGGAGGACGACGACGAGGUCAAGCCAAAGCGGACGCGUCCGAUCGCUCGGAAGCCGGUACGUCCGAAGGAGACGGGGAGGGGAUCGGAGGGGUCGGAUGGGUCACUUCAGAGUCCUUUUGAGGAGCAGAGUAGCUUCCUGUAG